AUGAGCGCGUAUUCGGUGAGCCUUCAAAAGCUCUUCGUCGCGUUAAUUCUCAUUUAUGCGAUAAGAGGUAACGAACCUCGCAUUCGAUUGCGACGAGAAACUGGUGGGUCCCAAAGUUUGCUAACCGUUGAAUGGGAAGGUAUUCAGACCGGUGAUCAUCCGGACGAUAGUGUUGGAGGAUUUGCGGUUGAGUACCGUGCAGAAAAGGACACACAGUGGCAUGUUCACGAUGGUAUUAUUCCUUAUAAAGGACCUAAUUUGCAAUACAGAGUACAGAUUCCACGUCUACCGACUGGAAUCGCUUAUUUUGUCCGUAUCAAAGUCUUAGGUAAAAAUGGUAAAAUUCUGGUGGAAACGCCAGAAAUACGUGCACGUAAUGAAAUGGUUAGCAUUAAAUGUGAAUCAGAUGAGUUGACAGCUCCACGAAAUCUCGAGGUGACACAAACAGGCCAAUACAGUAUUGCUAUAUCAUGGGAACCACCUGAAUGUGGCUCUGUUGGCGAGUACCAUAUUGAGCUAGCUGGCAUUGAAACGAAAUUCGACGUUCAUCGACAAACAGUAACGCAUCCAUCAGUUAGCGUUACCAGUCUUUUACCUGGAACCGAAUAUCAGGUUCGAGUUCGGGCUGCUGAUCGUUUACGCAUGUUAGGCCCAUGGAAUGAUCAAUUGCUUGUAGCAAAAACUGAAGGAGAAGAAGCUAUUAAAAAUGAAAUUAAUUAUUUAAUUAUCAGAUUGGGAUUUUUAUAUGAGAAUAAUUUAUAUUCAUUAACCGGAAAUGUGGUAAAUUUAUUCCAGCUAGCUGGCAUUGAAACGAAAUUCGACGUUCAUCGACAAACAGUCACGCAUCCAUCAGUUAGCGUUACCAGUCUUUUACCUGGAACCGAAUAUCAGGUUCGAGUUCGGGCUGCUGAUCGUUUACGCAUGUUAGGCCCAUGGAAUGAUCAAUUGCUUGUAGCAAAAACUGAAGGAGAAGCUCCAAAUGAAUCAGAUGAAAUAGAAAUUGACUAUCGGACAGAUUCAGAAUUACGCAUUAGUUGGCAACCACAUGUUGAUGAGAGAUUACAACAUUAUGAGGUGAUAGCCGUUGAAGUGGAUGGUGAAAGUCAAGCGGUUGAACGGUCACGUGUAAGUCCAUUGGUUAACAGUCAUAUUUUUGUCAGGUUAAAACCGAAUACGCAAUAUGACGUAGGUGUAGUAGCUUUUGUGGAUCAUGAACCUAAAUUGGUUUAUAAAUUACCUGCUAAAACAGCCGAAACUCCGGGUAUAGCCUGGAAAGAGAAGCCAGUAAUUACACCAGAGAAUGCGCAACAAUUUGUGGUACAAUGGCGGAAACCGUUAUUACCUGGUCAAACAAUUUCCAAAUUUAUCGUUGAAUAUCGUCUACCGAAUGAAACUGAAUGGCGGAAAUAUGAUGAUUUAAUGGUUAAUGAUGAGAUUGAUGAUUAUCAUAUUGAAUUUGAUGGAAUAUAUGAUGGAUUACUGUAUUCAUUUCGUGUCCUAGCAAUAGAUGAUCAACUUAAAAUGAUUGCUAAAACUGCUGAGAUUACGGUUGGCUCAGCAGCAUCUAAUUCAUGUGUUGGUGAUGCUGGUAUCCCACAAAAUGUACGAACAAAUAUUGUAUCAGAGUCAACUAUACAAUUUACAUGGGAGAAGCCACGUUGUGAUGAGACAUAUGGACCAAUUGAUGGUUAUGAAUAUACGUAUUGGAACGUAGAAAAAGAUAUACAACCUGAAAGUGCAUCAUAUAUUGGACGGAAUACCGUAACAUUGGAUGAUUUAGAGCCAGCUACACGUUAUGCAUUUCGUGUUCGUUCACGUGCUGGACAUGGACAUAGUUCAUGGAGUGAAAUUGUAAAUGCUGAAACAGAAGUACAUUCAGGACCAAAAGGUUAA